UCAAGGAGACUAGUCAUGUGGCGACGGGUCACGGCCAGAGCUUGGGACGUCUGUCUGGAACACUUCGCGGGUCUGAGCCGCCCCUUUGGGAGGAUCUCCCUUAGAAGCUGCAACAAAAGGGGGGUAGUGACGAUCUCAGUCAGCCCCGCUGCAGGCUUGGCAGAUCAGCCCGCGAAGGUUGCUGUUUUGGGACUGCCUCCGCUUCAGGAAGUGACCCUCAGGGCGCUAGUGGUGAACGAGCAGGGCACCCUUUUUGAUUCCUGUGCUCACUACCAAGCGGGUGAGCAGGGGGAGAUAGACUUGUCCGGAGAACCCUCUAAGGGAGGAGACUACACUGGACUGGAGCCGAUGGGGCUGUUUUGGAGCCUCUCUCCUGCUGCAAUGGAGAAACCUUACCAAAGACUGGAGCCCAGGAACGUGAAGGCUCCCAUGAAAAUGGAAAUGUUCGUGCACCAGGGGUACAGUCAGCCGGAUGCUAUCCCUGGACCGGUGCUUGCCAAAACGCGUGUGGAAAGGUGGUUCAUUCUUCCUGAAGUUAGAAGGAUAAGGCUGAAAGAAGGUGCAGUGAGGGGGAGUUUGUUUCUUCCCCCAGGAAAUGGCCCCUUUCCAGGAGUGAUAGAUAUGUUUGGUGAUGAAGGCGGGUUAAUUGAAUACCGAGCCAGCCUUCUGGCUACUCAUGGCUUUGCUGCCCUUUCUCUGCCAUAUUUCAAUUUUGAGGAUCUCCCUAAAGCCAUGGAGGAUUUCCACCUUGAGUACUUUGAAGAGGCAGUCAGGCUUCUGCUGCGCCACCCAAAGGUUAAAGGGCCAGGAAUUGGUGUUGUUGGAACUGGCAAAGGAGCAGAAUUGGCAUCUUCAAUGAUGACUUUCUUGCCUGAAGUGGUGGCUGCUGUCUGCAUUUCUGGCUGCAGCUCCAUCAUAGCCACUGCCGUCCAUUAUGGCAAAAUUACUCUACCUGGACUUCGCUUCAACAUGAGCAGGGUCAAUAUUUCAGAGAGUGGGGUGUUCGAUAUUUAUGAAGCCUUGGAUGACCCAAUGGACCCAGCUAAUUCACACUGCCGCAUCCCCUUCGAAAAAGCAGAAGGUCAUUUUCUUUUUGUGGUAGGGGAAGAAGACCGGCAUUGGAAGAGUUCUUCAUAUGCUGAGAUAGCCAUUGGGUACCUACGGCAACAUGGGAAGAACAACUUUACACUCUUGAGUUACUCUGGAGCAGGCCAUCGAAUUAAUCCAUCUUUUACCCCAGUUUGCCUGGUAGCUUUAGACCGUGUUUUAGGGGUGCCUAUUCUGGGUGGUGGAGGGAGCAGAGCUCAUGCCCAUGCACAAGAACAUUCUUGGAGGAAGAUUUUGGAGUUUCUGCAGUUCCACUUGAGAUGAGCACUCAAAUAGCUGAACGCUGAGAGAAAAUGAAGAUAAAUGUGCCACGGGGAUUGAAAAGAAAGUAAAGAGAUGAGACAUAUGUGCAUAUCGUGAUUAAAUUAUCAUCCAAGUGGAUGUCAAGAUAAAAUUGGACCAAAUUCAGGAUGGAAUGGCCAACAGUGUGUGUAAUAAAAUGCAGUUGGGAUAAAAUACUCAAAUGUUGAAAACAUGCAGGUGAUAUAUGAAUGCAUGUUUCCCAGUACAGACAUUGGUAGGGGAUGUUGUUUUAAGUUAAUAAAUAUGAAGCUGUAAAUCCUGGCCAGUCCUUAAAAGAUUAAAGGUGGCAAAGUAUAAUGAAAAAAAUUGUAAAUCAAUUUGCCCUUCAAAACCAGCUAUAACUCUCUGCCAUUUUGAAAUGGAAUAUCUGGAAUAUGACUAUUUUCUGCCAUCUUGAAAUUGUAUUUCUGGAAUCAGAUUAACUUCAGCAAACAGAGCCAAUGUUACUAUUUGAAGAAAGAGCCAGAAGGUCUUUUUAAAACAUAUAGACAGAAAAAGACUAAAGUCACACAUAGCCUGACCUAAUUUUAAAAUGAAAACAACAAUUGGCUAUAAUUUUCCAUGGAUGUAGACUGGCAUUACUCUAUCUCUUUGCUGAAAGUAUAAAAAAAGAUACUAGUAUCCAGUAUAAUGUAGUGCCAAUGAGGACUGCAAUGGGACUAUACACUCCUUGUUUUAAACAUAAUUUUUACUACUUAAUGGAGAAGGAUUGUCAUUUGUCUAACAUAUACAUAUAAAUAAUUUGUAUAGAUAUGUUAGUCUGCAGUCCUUUGAGUUUGGAAAUGUUUGCAUAGUGGGUAUUUAUCUCUUAUAAAGUACUAUGUAUUUAAAUGCUGGAUUUUUAAAAUCACAAUUUAUAAGAUUAUAUCCUUUUUUCACUUCUGCCCUUUGGUUAUAUGUUUUAAGCCAGUGAAAAUUCUUGGGUAUAGCCAAAAUUUUCAGAAUAUUUUUCAUCUGUCCUGCUAUUGCCCUGGAACUUGUGGCCUGGCCUCCUGGCCAGAUUCCAGUAAUACAGGUAAUCUUGAUUCCAGUUUCUAUAUUUUGUGAGGGUAAGAAAGAGAAGAAACCUAAGAAGAAUGUCUGAGCUGGAUUCAUGAGGUGAACAUAUGACUGGGAAAGAGGAUAAAUUAACACAGUUUGCUGAUUAGUGCUGUUGAAGAGACUGUAAAUUAGCAUCACAACACAGUUUCCAGAUGAAUAGAUUAAAUAAACCAUACAUUUGGGUUUUUAAUAUAUCACCAUCUGUGCUGGUGACUUUGGAUUGUAUGACUUCUAUUUGUGCGUGUGUGAAUAACUUCUUAAAAUGGUUUAGAAUUUAUUUGUUAAUUUAAAGUUUUUGCAAAACUAGAGUGCUUUAACUUUUUGUUUGAGCUAAUGUACUUUCCAAAUUGCUAUUAGGCUGCAGUCCCAUACACACUUACUUCUAGGUAAGUACUGGAAUUUACUUCUGAGUAGACAUGCAUAGG